UUAUAUAUAUUUAUAUUUCAUAUAUAAUAAUAAUUUUUCCUUUUUCUUCUUUCGACCAUCAGUUUCUUCAAUUUGUUGAUCUGCUUUUUGUUUUUGGUGAGAAACCAACUGUUGAUCGGUCGGUCACUCAUGUGGUAGCUCAUGGCUUCCAAUAUAUUUAUUUUUCAUUUUCUUGAAAAAAAAUAUUAAAAAGAUUGAAUCUUUUUGUAUAAUUUUGUAUGUAUAGGCCAAAAUAACAAAAGGGGUUGUAGACCCAUAAGAUAUAAAUUGUGGGUUAGUGUUGUUUUUGAGCAUGGGUGGUUGUUUUCCAUGCUUUGGCUCAUCAAAUAACAAUAAUAAUAAAGAUGGAAAUAAUAAUGGUGUAAAAGAAGUGUCAAAAAAAGAUGUUAUUAUUGGGAAAGAAGGUUCAGUUACUCAUCAAUCUCAUCAUGUUAGUAGGGUUAGUUCAGGAAAAUCAAAAUCUCGUGUUAGUUUGGAUCCUAAGAAAGAGCAGAUGGUUACAAAAGAUGGACAAACAGCAAACAUUGCAGCACAAACGUUUACUUUUCGUGAGCUCGCUGCAGCAACCAAGAACUUCCGGCCCGAGAGUUUGUUAGGAGAAGGUGGUUUUGGGCGUGUUUACAAAGGUCGUUUAGAAAGCACGGGGCAGGUAGUUGCUGUGAAGCAGCUUGAUAGAAAUGGUCUUCAAGGGAAUAGAGAGUUUUUGGUGGAGGUUCUUAUGCUUAGCCUUUUACAUCAUCCAAAUCUUGUAAAUUUGAUAGGUUAUUGUGCAGAUGGAGACCAACGCCUCCUUGUUUAUGAGUUUAUGCCUCUGGGUUCACUCGAGGAUCAUUUACACGAUCUUCCACCAGAUAAAGAACCUUUGGACUGGAACACGAGGAUGAAGAUUGCUGCUGGUGCAGCCAAGGGUUUGGAAUACCUGCAUGACAAAGCCAACCCACCAGUCAUAUAUAGAGACUUAAAAUCAUCCAACAUUCUUCUUGAUGAGGGAUAUCAUCCUAAACUCUCUGAUUUUGGUCUUGCAAAACUGGGUCCUGUAGGCGAUAAAACACACGUCUCCACCAGGGUGAUGGGCACAUAUGGCUACUGUGCUCCUGAGUAUGCUAUGACCGGUCAACUCACUUUAAAGUCAGACGUCUACAGUUUUGGUGUCGUUUUUCUUGAACUUAUCACUGGACGGAAGGCCAUUGACAAUACCCGUGCUCCUGGAGAACAUAAUCUUGUUGCUUGGGCACGACCCCUUUUCAAGGACAGAAGGAAGUUCCCAAAAAUGGCCGAUCCAUUGUUGCAAGGGCGUUAUCCCGUAAGAGGACUUUACCAAGCACUUGCAGUUGCAGCGAUGUGUUUACAAGAACAAGCUGCCACACGGCCCCUCAUUGGUGACGUUGUGACCGCUUUAACUUACUUGGCCUCUCAAACGUACGACCCUGAAGCAGCUCGGGCCGAGAGAGCUAGCAGAGGCAGUGGAUCAGGUACUCCAAGAAGUCGAGCAGACCGUAGGAACCCUAGUGACGGUGGCUUAGACAUCCUUGAUGAGCCACGGGCCCUUGGUUCCCCUUCUACUUACAAAAACUCCCCCGAUUAUAGAAAACGAGAAUCUUUAAGAGAAAUCAACACUCGUUCCGAUAUCGGGGAUGGGGAGAGCAGUAAUGGAGGUGGUGGGUCGGGCCGGAAAUGGAGUUUGAUGGAUGACCCAGAUUCUCAAAGGAACAGUCCUGCGAAUCCAAGCCGUGCUAGAGAGACGGCUAGGAAUCGGGAUCUUGAUAGAGAACGGGCUGUUGCAGAGGCUAAAGUUUGGGGAGAGAAUUGGAGAGACCGGAAGAGAACCAACACGAUGGAUGGUGGCAGUUUUGAUGCUACAAUUGAAUGAUGGUAGAAAAGAAGGUUGGUCAGUUACAUGUGUUUGUGUUUUUUUCAUGAGCAAAUAAGAGUGAGUUCUUAUGAACGACUAUAAGCUCUACUUGCUGAUUGUUCUGGUAUGUUGGUUUACAAAUAUUGUGGCAGAUAAAAGAGAGGGAGGGGAAAUGCAGUUGAGAAGGGUGUUGACUUUUGUAAAAAAAAUUGAGAUUUGCUUGGACUGUUUUUAUGCAAACUUCUUGGUAAUUAUAUCAUCAUCAUGGAUUUGAGUUAACUGUUUUGUUUUGUUCUAUUUUCAUGUAUCCAUCCAUGUUUGUAUUGUUGUAGGUAUUUAAGGUAUGUUGUAUUUCUUUGUGUCAAGAAUAUGGAGGUAUAUUUGGAUUUGAAGGUGUCUUUGGUAAA